UUUCCGCUGGCGUAGGCGGGGUGUUUCCAGGUGAGAGGGUCAGAACGGAAUGGCGGAGGCAAGAGAGCAGGGAAAUGAAAGUGAUCAGUUUGAGGUGUUGGAUUUGGCUGAAUAUGCCAAACGACAAAGAUGGUGGAACCGAUUCUUUGGAAGAAAUUCUGGGCCAAUUGCUGAGAAAUAUACAGUAGCAACACAGCUGAUGAUUGGAGGAGCCAGUGGAUGGUGUGCAGGCUUUCUCUUUCAGAAAGUUGGUAAAUUAGCUGCAACUGCUGUUGGUGGAGGCUUCUUCCUGCUACAGAUUGCCAACCACACAGGGUACAUCACUAUUGACUGGAAACGAGUGGAGAGAGAUGUGAACAAAGCAAAGAAGCAACUGAAAAUUGGCAAAAAUAAGGUCACAUCGGAAGUACAUGGUGCAUUUGAUGAGGUGACUGUAUUUGUGAAAAAGAACAUUGUCCUCACAGGUGGUUUUGUAGGUGGCUUCCUAAUUGGACUUGCAUCAUGAGGAUUAGUUGAAGAUAAUAUUUUGAGUGAAGAACUAUACUCCAUAAUUAUUUCCAUCCCUACCCUCCAAAGCAUUGAUAGAUUGUAUGUAUUUUGUAAGGGUGAGUGACCCACCGAUCAGUACUGAGCAAGUGGCUUCAGUAUAUUGUACUGAAGGGGGUUUGCAUUACCGAAUUCUUGGCCUCGUCAUUCUAAUAUGACUUAAAUCACCAACAUUUGUGUUUGCCUUUGUUUAGAACUAUAAUCAAAAUGGUGGUAAAUAUAGUAGCAUGGUUACACUCAUUGAAGAAUUGACGUAAGUUUUAACAUGACUUGCAUUCACAAUAUGAUCACACAUUCUGGCGCUCUUUCACUAGAAAAUGAAAAUCUUGUUAUAUUUUUCUUUACAUGUUGAACCUUUAAUCACCAUGUAUAACCUGAGCAGAAUAAUUGCCUGUGUUUUUGCAUGUUUACUACAUGCUACAUAGCACUAACUAAGUUAUUGGUAAAUAUUGAUGUUUGUGAAGACUGCACACUUCCCAUGCUGACAAUGUAUAAGGAUUGGAAUUUAAUAUGUUAAUGCAGUUGGCAGCAUGAUAUGGAUGUACUGACAAAUUCAGUAUGAUGAAUUUAGAAGGACAGGUGCCUGGGAACAUUGAAAAGUCAAAACAUAGACUUAGAAGCUGAAUUUAUUUUUCAUGUCCAUCUUUUCUUGUUUUGCCUUUUCAUUUGAAUAUCUUUAUGUUCUAGGUUUUGACAUCACUCCCAGGUAUCUUUUCUGACUUAAUUGCUUUACCAUAGUGUUUUCAGAUCAUGUUGCCCAUGAGCAAAACCUGUUUCAUUAUAUGCUUUUUCAGACCUUGCUGCUUAUCCAUCCAUUGCUGCAGUGCAGCUCAGAAUUAGAACAUGUUAUGCUCAGCAUGUAGAAAGUAAGAAUCACAACAUUAAGAUCUCAAGUAUCUGAUGUCAUAGUAAAAGUACUGUGCCAAUCUAUGUAUAUCAUAUUACUACUUUAAACUGUCAGUCUGUGUAUGUCCUAUUACUGCUUUAAGUGAUGCUUGCCUUUCCCACACUUGUACUUUUGAGUGAGGUUAUGGGUUCAUAUCUCGCUCCAAGGAUUUCAGUGUGACCCUUGAGUGAUUGUUGCAUUGGUGAAGCUACUGCCUUUCAAAUGAGAGGUUAAAGUGAGGCCCUGUCUGUUCUCAGGGGGACAUGGAAGAUCCAGUGGUGUUUUUACGAAUUAUGUAUUUAUCUUGCUGAAGCUACCUGGUCAUUGUAGAAUCUUGCUGUGUGUAAAUUUGGCUGAAUCCAUUUUGACUGCACGAAAGUACUUAAUUGGCUUUGAAGGGUAUUUGGAACAUUCUGAAUACAAAGUCUUUUACUUCAAUUUUGUCAAAAAAAAAACAUGCAGAUUUAAAAAUGAGCUACCUAGACUGGGCAGCUCACAUUAACAUUUCUGUUUUCCACAUGAGAACAGAAGGUAGGGCAUAAAUCUGCAUUUAUAGUGUAGUUUCUAGAACCUGUACACCUUUAAUACAUUUGUACACCUGGUAAUUGGAUGAACCAGUCUUUUAUAUGCAUAUGAAAUAUAUGGCCAUCCACUUGAGUGAGAGUUUUUGCUUAUACUACUCAGAAUUGAUUCUAAACAUAAUUCUACUGUGACCUAAAGCCAUCUGAGUUAUUAUAGUUUGUCUUUUCCAGUAUUUAAUUUCUCAUUUAUUAACUUGCUAAUUUAUGUGGUCACUUCCAGCCUGAUGGGCUUGGUGGAUUUCCUGCCCUUGACUUAUCCAUUUCUUGCCCUAAAAUUCCUUCCAAGAAAUUGAAUAUAAAAAGAAGUAAUGUGAAAUGCAAGCUGUGUCAAAGGCAAGUCAGAUUGUUUGCAUCAGCAGUGUACGGCCUGUUCAGGAAUUGUUUCCAAUCUUAAGUAAACAUUUGAAUCUAUAGGACAUCUAUAUUUGUACAUUCCUCCGUCCCAAACACACAAUGCAGAUUGUAAUUUCAAUACUUUAUAUGAAGAUGUUAUCCUGCCUUUACUAGCAAUAAUUUUGUCACCUAGACAAUUUUGUAAUAGGGAGUCAAUUUAUUUAAAAUGUUUGCACCAACCGCCAUUUUAUCCUUCCUGAUUUUUUUCAAAAACUAAAGAUUUACUGUACAAAACUGUACAGCACUGUCACAAAUGUACAGAAUGUGCCCUAGCUUUUAAACACUUCCAGAAACUCAUACCUUUUGCACUGUGUUCAUGCAUUUCAUUUUUAAUUUGCAAAUAGAGUGGGAUGGGAUUGUGGACUGUUACUGCUGCAGUCUAUAUUUUCAUUGUGGAAAUAUAUAUUCAUAAACCUGUGCUCAUAUUUCUGGAUGAAAGUCAGUCCAUACACAGGCAUUUUUCUUGAUGGGGGGGUGGGGAGGAAGGGAGAAACAACAUUUAAAGACUUUGAUAGAUUUGUCUCUGAUUUGAACUAAGAAUGCAGCUUAGGUGCACUUUUUGAUUUUUGCCCCAGUCUAGACCAUUGAUGAGUGCCAAGGUGACAUGCAAUCUGAUUUUUCUGUUUAUCCAAUUACUUAGUAUAGGUGUUUGCUUGACUCAAUGUUUUGCCACUUUGUGCCUCUUCUUCACUUUAAUUUAUGAUUGUACUUUUGGUAACAGUAUUAUUUCUCAAAAGAGUGCACAAUGUUAACUUGGUAUUGAGAAAGUACACCAUAAAUGAGUUUUAUGAAA